AUGGAGGACCUGGAGGUUACAACGGACCCCAGGAAGCCCCUGUACAACAACAACAGCCCCCCUUCUUGCAGCCAGCUCAGCAGCAAAAUUCCCAACAACAGCCCCCCUCCUUGCAGCAGCAACAGCAGCAGCUACAUCCGCUCCCAUAUCCGCAUGACCAAUAUCCUCCCUCACAAGCCAACCCGCCUAACCCAUUACAGGGAUGGCAGGGACAAUAGAAUCAUCAGCAGCUCGGACGGAAAGGACCGCAUCUACUUCCUACUGGGAGUUGACGCAACAGAUAAAGACCCCCUGGAAGCAGACAUCGCAGACCAGAAGGACGCAGACGACGUCACAGACGAGGACCAGGAGUACCAGGAGGACGCAGACGACGAUGCUGACGCAGACCAGAAGGACGCAGACGACGCUGAUCUCUCUCUCUCUAUCUCUCUCUCUCUCUCUCUCUCUCUCUCUCAGUUCCAGACUAAAGCCAGCCCCCCCCUCCUCCCCCCGAGAGUCUCCUCUCCCCACCACACGGCUCGCAGCUUCUGCUCCUUCCAGCCGCUGACCCCCCAGGACGCUCUGGAGGAGCACCUCCUCCUGGCCUCCUCCUCCUGGCCUGAAACUCCUCCUCUUCCAGCUCUGAUCUCCUUGCAGCAGACGAGUGACGCGGCCCACAGCAGCUUCACCAUCCUCCCGGGGAGGAGAGAGGGGCGGUGGCGUGUCGGGGAUCAGCUGGAGGUCCUCAUACAAACCUCUGACCACCAGGGUCGUCCCAGGAAGUCCGGGGGGGACUUCCUGCUCGCCCGGCUGCACAACAGGACGCUGCAAGCGGGUGUUGCCGGGCAGGUUGUGGAUCACCUGAACGGCAGCUACUCGGCCGUCUUCUCUUUGCUCUGGGAAGGAGACGCUCAGGUGGAGGUGACUCUGGUCCACCCUAGUGAGGCCAUCUCAGUGUUGAAACGGCUGUCCAGAGAAGAGCCGGACAGGAUUUACUUCAGGAGCCUCUUCCGCUCAGGCGCUCUCUCUGAAACCACCGUCUGUAGCGUCUGCCUCCGGCCAACCGGGCCGAUGUGCAACUACACGGACCUCCGGACGGGGGAGCCGUGGUUCUGCUACAAGCCAAAGAACCUGAGCUGUGAUGCCAGGAUCAACCACGCGAUGGGAGUACACGACCCACGAAUCAAGGCCCAGGAGGUGAAGCUCUUCCAAAGAGGUCUUAACUUGAAAGUCUUCAUUCGGACUUCUGGACCUUCUAGUGUCACCGUGUUGCCACAGAAAGAAGGUCAACUGAUGGUGAAGAGCAGCACCAUGACAUCUGGACCUUCUGGUUAUUACUACGGGGGUUUGUGGCGAGCGCUAAGUGGCCCCCCAGUUCGCCAGUUCAACCAGUCUUCCAUCGCUGCGUGUCUGAAGGGCAAGGCGGUCUACAUGUAUGGAGACUCCACCAUCAGGCAGUGGUUUGACUUCCUCAAGGCGGCCCUACCAGAUCUCAAGGAGUUUGACCUGCACAGCCCGAAAAAAGCUGGACCGUACAUCUUAUUGGACUAUGGACACAACAUCUUGGUGAAGUACCGCUUCCACGGCCCUCCCAUCCGGGUCGUCCCCGUCUCAACCAGCGAACUUCAUUACAUCGCCAAUGAGCUAGAUGACUUAAUCGGAGGCCCCGAAACUGUCGUAGCUUUUUGCAUCUGGGCUCACUUCGCCUCAUUCCCCAUGGAGAUCUACAUCCGGCGGCUGCAGAGCAUCCGCAAGGCGGUGGUGCGGCUGCUGAACAGGGCUCCGGACACGCUGGUCGUCAUCCGGACCGGGAACCCCAAAGUUUUGAAGCUUUCCGUGGCGAUAAGCAACAGCGACUGGCACUCGCUGCAGUGCAACAAGGUGCUCAGAGCCGUGUUCAGAGGACUGAAUGUUCAUCUGAUCGAUGCCUGGGAGAUGAGCCUGGCCCACCACCUGCCGCAUAACCUCCACCCGCCACCUCCUAUCAUUAAGAACAUGGUAAACCAGCUCUUGUCCUAUGUAUGUCCCCAGAAGGACGGCUAAAAGGUGUUUUAGAAACAUAGUUCGGGAAGGAAGGCCACGCCCAUUACUUAGCCAAUCAUCUGAGCCCUAUGUACUUAAACACGUCGAACCCAUAAACUCCCUCUUCGUCUCAGCUCCGACAUGUCGCGCAUCGGACGAGCACAAUAUUAAACUACUGACCUGAUACAAACAGUCCUCCACAACCCUAUAGGGGCGAGCAGCUGCAUUCUGAAGCUCGGAGUUUUCCUCCUUUUCUUACCACGCUUCGUCGCCAGCAUCCUCGGCUGCUUCGGCCAUUCACGAUCCCCGUGGCUCUCGGCACCCAUCAUCCAACCACUCCGAAAUCGCUGUCCCUCGCCUUCCAACAGCUCAGCUGCCCUUCCACCCGCCGCAGAUUCCCAUAAUUGCCUUCCGCCACGCCACUCUUCAUCCCGCCGGAGCUCCCGACUUCGGCAUCCACCACGCCCCUCGCCACCUCAUCUCACCAUUCCGACGGCGUCUACAAAUCCCUCUUCGCGGGCGCGCAGUCCCCCAACCGA